ACUCCUAUUUGAUUCUUUCAGCUGCCGCACGACUGGACGACCAGGACACCAAAAUGAGUGCCCAAAAGUCUCCUGCAGAACUGAAGAGCAUUUUUGAAAAAUAUGCAGCCAAAGAAGGGGAUCCAAACCAGCUGUCGAAGGAGGAGCUGAAGCAACUGAUUCAGGCUGAAUUCCCCAGUUUACUGAAAGGUCCGAGAACCCUAGAUGACCUCUUUCAGGAACUGGACAAGAAUGGAGAUGGAGAAGUUAGUUUUGAAGAAUUCCAGGUGUUAGUGAAAAAGAUAUCCCAGUGAAGGAAAAACACGCAACAGUCCCAUUUUAAGGACUGGAAGGGAUGCGGCCCUGCUCUGUACAAAACCACCCAUGUCUCUGCUGAAUUCUCGGUGAUUCUAAUGAUCCAGCAGUGAGGUCUAAUUAAUAAAGAACUCCUUAGACACGUC